UCUGGUUUUAGUUCGUCCGGGCUCUGUUGUCAAGGCAGUGAUAUUAUUGUUAUGGGGUCCGUUUGUGUUGUGAAGUCCAGCUGAUUUCUUUCGUGAACAACUACCAAGAUACCAUGAGAGCCAUCUUUCUGCUCAUCGGCUUUAUUGCUGCAUCAUCUGCAGAGGGAACUCAAUCUGAUUGCCAAGAAGUAGGCUUCCCGGUGAGUAUGGCUCUAGCUGACGACGGCACCUUCGCAGCCGUCCUGGUGCUCCAACCCGAGUCCCUGAGGUGGACUCUAGACCUAGGCGUCGUGAGCUUCGACGGGAGUUCGAACAAGACCGUAGCGAUGGUGACCUUUGAUGCAAGAUCAGAAAAGCCGAACCUAAACUUAAACUGUACUAAUACCGAUGGAAACUCAUGCCAAUCUCUCACAGACCUGGAUAGUACUAUUUUUAAGAUCCAGGUUAAUGGAACCCUUCUAAAAGUUUAUCAAAAGUCACCUGAGGUGUUUAAAGUAAUCGGAAAGUUUAUUUGUACUGAACUUGGCAAAGAAAAGAUUAGCCUCAUCAGGACGGGAGAAGAGACCAGAGAUUUCAGUGAUGUUCAAGUGUGCUCUGUUGCAAAUGGAAAGAAAGGAAUAGCCGUAGGUACCGUUACCGGCGUCGUGGCACUUGCCCUGUUAUCUGUUUGUUUGGUAAUGGUCUCAGUUAAGGGAAUGAAAAGAUUCUGCAAAGGAGAGGCCGCGAAACCUUUAGAGAAGUUCAAGAUACGACGUCGGUUUGUCGAACGCCACGCUCAGAUUCCCUACAGAGAUAUGCCUGUCCCCGAAGGUGGCCGAUAUCCAGCGUAUCGUAUCCAAGAGGGCGAAGUCACCUUCACAGACGGCAGCAGAAGAACCGAAUCGAUCCGUAGCCCACAGGACACGAACAUCCAAGUCCUUUACAAAGUCCGCACAAUAGUGGCCGUGCCCGGAGGAAUCUGCAGCUCUGUGGCUUCAGGAAGACGGUUGUGCCCUCCACCGGGAGCUUCCAGCGAGCAAAUAUACCAGAACUUCCCACCGGCACGGUGCCAGGAAUUGCCCGAGAACCUGGAACCAGAGUCGCCUGACCACAUUUACGAUCAUUUGAACUAUCAUCGUCCUUCUCCCUGAAGGCUGAUAAGCAAAUGUGAUUUGAUUGGAACGCUCUUCAACAUUUUUAAGCUACUGAAGUUUUCUCAGAUUCGCCUUAAAUAUAAGGUAUUGUGUCUGUGUAUAUGUUUAUGUGGACGUUUGUGUAUGUGUUUUAAGUCCGUGUGUGUGUAUGUUUGAGGGAAAUGACAUUUUUUGUAGUAAUCUAAAUUCCUUAGCUGAACCUGUAGAAUUCAUUUUAGCUUCUACCACCACAUGUAGAAACUAACUUAAGUAACUUGUAACUGUAUCUUUUACGUUUGUGUGACGUUCUCGCCGCAUGCAAAUUAUUCUGAAUAAUUUGCAGUAGAUAUUAAUGUCAGUAAGGUUUUUUGUGUUAAGCAUUGUAGUAACCUUAUGGUGACCUUGCUCUACCCAUAGCGCAAUGUAUAUUGUUGCUCUUUUGUAUUGACUUAAGCUUAGCUUUUAAGUCUUAGUUUUGUAAUUUGUAGCUCGUUUUUGCUCUUAUAAACUUAGUUAUCUACUUAUUAUAUGUUGCAUUUAUGUAUGAAUUAUAUUUGCCAUGUACGUAUUAUGUAUUGGUCUUUACAAACCCUCUGUAUAUUUAUACUGUAUAUACCUUCUAGCCCAGAUGGUAACCUUGUGGACAUACGAAUUGGUAUUUACUUUAUUAUUAUUAUUAUUAUUAUUAUUAUUAUUAUUAUUAUUAUUAUUAUUAUUAUUAUUAUUAUUAUUAUUA